GCAGCUAUGCCUGGGGCACUGUAUGUGUCUUUGUUAUGCUUUCUUUCCAUAUGCUCAGCCUGUUACAUCUCUAACUGCCCAAUAGGUGGCAAAAGAUCUCUAAUAGAUGCACGAUCACAUAAGUGCAUGGCUUGUGGUCCCAGGGACAGUGGCCGCUGCUUUGGUCCUAAUAUUUGCUGUGCAGCUGAUUUAGGCUGCUCUGUGGGCUCUCCUGAAGCACUGAGCUGCACUGAGGAGGACUACAUUCCCAUUCCAUGUGAGAAUGGAGGGAGAGCAUGUGGAUCUGAGAGGGGACGCUGUGCUGCUCCAGCUGUCUGCUGUAACUCAGAGGGCUGUAGUAUUGAUCUGUCAUGUCUGACUGAUGAUGAAACUGAUCUAGAAAGCAGUAAUGGCCCUGGUGGAGAUCUCUUCAUGAAGCUGCUACAUCUCACCAGGCAGCAUUUGGCCAACAAAAUUCACCAGUGAGCCUCUGGGAAUGCAGCACUGAUUUAUUUCAUUUUUUUGUUA